CUGGGUUAGUUUGCCGCUGUGGUUUUCUUCAAGAUGGCGGGGCUGCAGUUGAAGCAGUAUGGCGGCGCAUGGAGAAUAAAAUAAUUUAGAAAGGUAGUCAGAUACCCAGUAGGAGACAGCCGUUUCAUAUUUAUCGCUCCCAGAAGAAACCAGUGGAGGAUGAUCAGUGCCUAGAUCCCAUAUUAAGCUGAAUGCAUUGUGAUUUCCAAUAAUUGAGACAGUGAUUCUGAAAGCUGUCUGCAUUAAUGAAAAGAACAAUGUAGUCAGCUUAGCAUUUUCACCUCUGGUACGUGGUCUAUACAGGGAUGUGCUUCUGCAUGCAUUCUGGGUUUAGAUAAGAAAGUCUCUCAACAGAUCAGCUUUUAAGAAUAAACAUAUCGGUCUGUAUAAGUUGUAAUUCGUUAUACAGAAGAAAUGGAGAUAGAUGAUGUGCUACCCCCUCUCCCCUUGGAGCCACCUGAUGAUUUUGGCCAAGAUGAGGGCAGGGCACCUCCACCACCUCCCCUGCAAACGUCCAGUGACGCAGAGGUAAUGGACGUUAGCUCUGGUGGUGAUGGAUACACAUACACCCCAGGGGACGGGGAAGCCAACCCACAGCAGGCCCUCAGCAAGGGCUCGAUAACUUUCUAUAGCCACCUCUCAGAUGAGGCCAAUGCUAUCCCACCAUGUCCUAGAACAGCCCGCCAUGCUCCCCCAGUCACCGGGUUCCUACCAGACCUAAAGCUCCUUAGAGACGUUAAGAUCAGCGUAAGUUUCACUGAAAGCAGCAAUAGCAAAGACAGGAAGGUGUUGUACACAGGUGAAGGGCAGGAAAGAGGAAGUGACGACGGUUUAGACAGCGUAAAUGGUGAGUUGCACAACUCGACUAAUGAGCAUGAAGUAGCCGAGGGUAGCUCUGGAGCAGGAAACCGGGCAGGCAGAAGAUCAGAGGAGACUGAGGUAGACGCGGAAAACAAGGUAGAGUUCGCCGUCCUGGAUGAGUUGGAUGACUUCUACGAGAACUUCCUGGAUGACGACGACGUGGAGCAUGGUGGCUUUAAGUCUGAUGUCAUAGUUCAGCAGGAGCAAGCUGAUGAGGAGGCUGUAGCUUUCUCCUAUGAGGAGGAGUUUGACAAUGAUGUCGAUGCUCUGCUGGAGGAGGGCAUGCCAGUCCCAAAAAAGAUGCGUCCGGCAGAGGACAAAUUUGGCGGGGACAGUGAUCAUCAGUCAGAUGGGGAAGGAGGUGUUCAUCCCAUGAUGACCAAAAUUAAGACUGUCCUGAAGAGUCGUGGCCGUCCACCCACUGAGCCUCUACCUGAUGGAUGGAUCAUGACAUUCCAUAACUCGGGCAUUCCAGUCUACCUGCACAGAGAGACCAGGGUAGUUACCUGGUCCAGACCCUACUUCCUUGGGACGGGCAGCAUAAGGAAACAUGACCCUCCUACCAGCAGCAUUCCUUGCCUACACUACAAGAAAAUGAAGGAUCUUGAGGAGAAGGAGCUGAAUGGGGAGGUGACGCUUAAUGACGUGGCGUCUCCUGUUAAGCUUGCCGAUGAGGUCAAUGGUGAACAGAGUGCAGGCACGUCAGAUGCUCCAGCUGAGGAGCAGGACGAUGUCCCUCCCUCCAGUAUGACAGACGGCGACCCAGAUGUAGAGGCUACCACUAAUAACAGCCUGCCGGUAAAAACGCUCGGUGACUUUGCCCACGGAGCCUUGGGACAAGUUAAGGCCAAGGUGGAGGUGUGCAAGGACGAGUCCAUAGAACUUGAAGAGUUUCGUCUGUACCUGGAAAAAUGCUUUGACUUUGAACAAGUCACAGUAAAAAAGUUUCGUACCUGGGCUGAGCGGAGGCAGUUCAACCGAGACAUGAAGAGGAAGCAGGCGGAGUCGGAGAGACCGAUCCUGCCUGCCAACCAGAAACUCAUCACGCUGUCGGUCCAAGAUGCACCAACUAAGAAAGAAUUUGUCAUCAACCCUAAUGGGAAAUCUGAAGUUUGCAUCUUACAUGAAUAUAUGCAGCGUGUCCUAAAGGUUCGACCUGUUUACAACUUUUUUGAAUGUGAGAAUCCAAGUGAACCCUUUGGAGCGUCAGUCGUUAUAGAUGGAGUAACGUACGGCACAGGAACCGCAAGCAGUAAAAAACUUGCUAAGAAUAAAGCUGCUCGAGCCACACUGGAAAUCCUCAUCCCUGACUUUGUGAAGCAGACCUCGGAGGAGAAGCCUGUUGAGGGCGAUGAACUGGAGUAUUUUAAUCAUAUCAAUAUAGAAGACUCAAGAGUGUACGAGCUGACCAACAAAGCAGGACUACUUUCGCCAUAUCAGAUUCUUCAUGAGUGCCUUAAAAGAAACCAUGGAAUGGGAGAUACUAGCAUUAAAUUUGAGGUGAUCCCUGGGAAAAACCAGAAGAGUGAAUAUGUGAUGACGUGUGGGAAGCACACCGUGCGUGGCUGGUGCAAGAACAAGAGGGUUGGCAAACAACUAGCAUCUCAGAAGAUCUUACAGAUGCUUCAUCCCCACGUCAAGAACUGGGGUUCACUGCUGCGCAUGUACGGCAGAGACAGCAAUAAGAUGGUCAAGAAGGAGAGCUCUGAUAAGAGUGUGAUUGAGCUCCAGCAGUAUGCCAAAAAGAACAAGCCAAACCUUCAUAUUUUGAACAAACUGCAAGAGGAAAUGAGGAAACUAGCCACGCAGAGGGAGGAAACGAGGAAGAAACCCAAGAUGACCAUAAUGGAGUCUGCCCAGCCAGGCAGCGAACCCCUCUGCACUGUCGACGUUUAAGUCUCGAAAUCACUGAAGGAACCACAGCACUGAAACCCAGUCACUGUCAAACACACACACACACACACACACACACACACACACACACACACACACACACACACACACCCCUGUACAGCUGUGUCACGAAGACAGGACAGGAACCAUCAUGUAUUUGCAGUGGUGGAAUGUAACUAAGUACAUUUACUCAAGUACAAAUUUGAGGUACUUUCUAUUUCACUACAUCUCAGUGAGAAAUGUUGUACAUUUUACUCCACUACAUUAAUCUGACAGCUUUAGUUUCUUUUUAUUUUACAAAUUAAGGAUUUCUACACAACCACACACACACACACACACAACCAUCUGCCACCCGCCACCUAAUUAUGCAUCACUGAGAUCCAAUGGCAAUAUAGUUCCACAUUGACCUGGCCAGGUAGAACUGCUUCCUUUCUUUGCCCGUGUUUUCUUGGUUCAGCUGGUAGAUGUGAGGGUAGGUCUAAAUGCACUAAAUGACAGUAGAGCAAAUAUCGUCUACCUCUCUAGAUGCAUCCUCGCUAUGCCACUAGAAAAAUAAAAA